AUCAGAUCGCCGUUUCUGCGCGCAUCUUCGCGCGAUCCACGUGUCAACGCCGCAAUGGCCAGCAAAUCUGCGGCGCCGCCGCCCGCCAGCACAAGCGGGAGCGCCAGCGCCGGUUCCGGCGGGAGCGGGAGCGGCGGCAGCGAGAUGGCGACGAUCGAUGCGGUGGCGGCGGGAGCGGGCAGCUGCAUCGGCCUGGCCGUCGGCUCCGCGAUUAGCGGCGGCGCCAUCGGCGGACUGUUCGGGCUGGUGUCGGGUCUCUUCCGCCGCGAGGGCUUUAAGAAGGCCAUGUCCGAGGCUGGGGCUUCCGGCCGGACCUUUGCCAUCAUGUCCGGCGUGCACUCGCUCGUGAGCGCGUCACUCAAGAAGAUCCGCGACAAGGACGACGUGAUCAACCAUGCAGUGGCGGGUUGCGCCACCGGAAUCGCCCUCGGCUGGGGAG